CCCUAGCGGCAACUUUGUGACAAAAAAUACAUCGUGAAUGUGGCGUGUGUUGUUUGGUAUUUCGUGAUUCGUAAAUAAAAUGCCUUCAAUAGACUAGAAAUUAUUGUUGUAAGUGUAAUUCUUAAAAGGAAAACAAAAAUCUGUUCAGAAACCUUUUAGUGACGGAGCGAACUUUAGACUAAAAGUGUUAAUCGUUUGAUAUUUUAUCAUAUGUUGCACGCCUUUGGGGUCUCGAUGAAGACAAAAAAAUAAUCGGUAAUUCCGAUGCUAAAUAGAUAAUGCAGUAAGUUAUAUGUCAAUAUUUGGCAUUAAAUUACCGAAAUAGCCCUAUGACAACCAAUAAAAUUCCUCGAAGCAUUAAUUAAUGCAUAUAAAAUGAGAUGGUUCAUGAUCUUGUACUCUUUUUAUGAUAUCGUAAUCAUUGAUGCUCGUCGAACUCAAAUAUAUACAUGAAAUAGACACAAGCAGUCUUCCGGCAAGUUAUUGCGCUUUCUUGUGACAAUGGUGUGCCCUAUGUACAAUCGUAUUUUUUAAAUAAUUUUACAAAAUAUCUAAACUUCAUAAUGGUUGUCAGAGCUGUACCAGAAUAAAGCAAAUAUGAGUCACAACUUGGCUGGAAUGCCCUCCUACAGGUUGCAGGGUCCUGGUUUGGGCCCCCCAGAUUUCAAACCACCCAUGGAUACACCCACACCUCCUGCUCCUGCACCUAGUAAUCCCAAGAAGAGAAGAAAAACUUCAAAUGCCAACAAUGCCUUAACUACACAACAGACUCCACCUACUGUACAAGAUUUACUACCUCCUCCUUUGACAGGUUAUGGAGAUACAAUUGUUGCUUCAAACCCUUUUGAUGAUUCACCUUCAACUGUAUCACACAAUGGUCCUAUGAUGAGUCAAAAUGGACCUAUGAUGAAUCAAAAUGGCCCGAUGGGAAUGAUGGGACCUAUGCACAGUAUGGGAGGACCACCUAUGAGACACAUGAGCCCCUUGCCCCACAAUAUAAGUCCAAUGAAUCAACAAAUGCCACCUAGAGGAGGAAUCAGCCCCAUGGGUAACAUGAGCCCCAUGGGUCAUAUGGGUGGUAUGUCACCUAUGGGUGGUCCUAACAUGGGUAUGAGUAAUCACAGUAUGGGGCCUGGUAUGGGAGGAUCAAGGUCUAUGGGGAGUCCUAUGAGCCCAAUGAACUCUAUGCCAAUGGGUUCUCCUAUGUCAACAGGACCAAUGGGAAGUCCAAUGAACAUGGGUUCAAUGGCGGGUAGUCAUAUGAGUAACAGUCCAAUGGGUCCACCAAUGCAUAGUCCUUUAGGAGCAGGAUCUAUGAAUGGUCCUAUGAAUGGGCCCAUGGGUGGCGGAGGACCAAGUAUGAAUGUUCCCCGGAUGAAUGGGCCAAUGGGACCUAAUUGUUCUAAUGGUAGUAUGGGCCCAAGCAAUUCUAUUAUGUCUCCAAGUACUAUGCAAAAUAGUGGAAUGGGGCCUGGACAUUGUGGACCAAUGAGACAUGGUAGUCCAAUGGGCUCCGGAAUUGGCGGUGGGCCUAUGGGUGUUAAUGGUCCAAUGAACUCAAUGGGACCUGGGCCGCCAUAUUCUAAUAGCCAUAUGGGGCAUGGUGGGCCUAUGGGAAUGAGUGGAAGUGGUUCAAUGGGAAUGGGUCCUGGCCCAGGAAAUAUGGGUAAUUGUGGACCUUUGGCGGGCAUGAGUGGAAUGGCAAUGGGAGGACCAGGAAGUCAAGGACCCAUGGGGCAAGGAAUGGGUAUGUUUGGGCCUAAGCCAAUGCCAGUGAGUGCAGGGAAAGUGUAUCCACCGGAUCAACCCAUGGUCUUCAACCCACAGAAUCCAAAUGCACCACCUAUAUAUCCUUGUGGUGUUUGUCACAAAGAAGUACAUGAUAAUGAUCAGGCUAUUUUAUGUGAAUCUGGGUGCAAUUUUUGGUUUCACAGGGGAUGCACAGGUCUAACAGAGCCUGCUUUUCAGCUUUUGACAGCAGAAGUCUACGCGGAGUGGGUUUGUGACAAGUGCCUGCACUCUAAAAACAUACCUCUUGUAAAAUUUAAGCCAUAGCGAUGCGCCCUACCUUCGCCCGUCCUGCCACACCAUUGAGUAUGCUCAUUGCCACUCAUCACAAGUAUUUAUUUCACUUCAUCUAGUUUGUUUUUAAUCGUAAAUUAAAAAUGAAAUGGUUUAUAUGUUUUGGGUCCAUAUUCUAUAUAAAUUCUUAAACUAUGAGAGUUGCAAACCAUUUUUAAAUUAGGUUUUUGCAAUUCUCAAGGGUUAAGAUUUAUGAAUUUAGGCCAUAGAAGGAUCUCAUACUGGGUUUGUGGGUUUAAUUGUACCAACUUGGCAUUUUUACAUGAUCAUAGCAAUUACAAAUCGUGAAGUAUACACAAAUUGUAAGGUAAUACAUGUUAAAUGAUACAUACAAAAAGCAAUCUUAUGUGAUCUUUCAUUAGGAAGUAAACUAAAUCUGAUUUAAGCAAUAUUAUGAUGAUGCCAUUUUGUGGCUCAUGUGCGCUUUAGUCUGUGCAUAGUGUACAUAUAGUCUAAGAUUUAACUUCCGCCUUAUAAAAAUUGUGACUUAGUGUACUUUCAACAAUUAUAACAGUUUGCUCAGCAAAUAGUAAAGCUCAAUCUUAGUUUGAAAGUACAUGUACAAGUAUGUCUAGUGGCAGCAGGUUUUAUUAUGGAAUUUAAUGAUGUGCUUACACAAAUCAAAGAUUUUUGUAGUCAAAUAGCUUAGAUGAAAAUAUAAUAGUUAUAAUUAAACAGAAGCGGUAUUCUCUCGUUAUAAAUAGCUGGUGCUAUUUAAUCUCACAUUUAGGUCCACGCAUGUUAAGGCUUAAGUUAUAUUAAAACAUACUAAAAAGCACACCACUUUAUUUUCCUAUUUGCAGAACUCCAUCUAGUGAAGAUUAGACCCCAGGUCUUGAGUUUAAUAUGAAAAGACACAAUUUUUACUUUGUUUUUGUCUAUCUAUUCAAAAAAUUUACCAAGAACACUAUGGAAAAAUAAAAUCUCUGCCCCUAGAAGCACAAACCGAAUCACACACAAUAUGAGCUUUAAAUUAAGUCACCUUAUAUAGAAUUUUUCACCAGUUUAUUUCUAUAUGUAUAUGAGCAAUUAACUUAAAUUAAGACCCAUAGUCUAGACUGAGAGUUAAACUUUAAACCUGUAGGGCUAUAUGCUAUUUAAGUGAUCUACUGUCUUUAUCAUUUGAUGUAAUCAAAAUAUUUGGUUUUGUUUAACUUAUUGACUUAAUUAUAGAAGUCAUGGGGAGUAAGAUUUCUUAUAAAUAUCUGUUCAUUUUCCCAGUAAACUAUAAAGUCCUUACUAAGAUAAUCGGUACUUCUGAUGUUAUUCUAAAAAGCCUUUUAUGGGAAAUAUGGAUAGUUGUCAUCUAAAACAAGCAAUAGCAGUGUAGCCUAAUAGGUUGUAUUUCCCAUUAUUAAAGAUGGUUUACUCUUGAUAAUGCGAAUAAUGUUUAAUUAUCGAAUUGAAAUAGGGCUUGAAUACAUUUUAAAAUGUGGGUUUUAAUUUUGCGAUUGGAUUUUAAUCAAAAAUCAUACAUACACUAUCAUAUAAAUUAUUUGAUGGUGAACUUAAAAGGCUUUAUUAUCCAAGCGGAAAGAUUUCAGAUUAAAAUUGAACUAUAUUUUAAAUUAUUAUUUGUAUUUUGGCAUUUUUACCAAUUAUUUAAUACUAACUACCUCCUUUGUAAACAUACUUUAAGCUGAAUAUAGACUAUUUUGCAAAUACAGUGUAUUAAAAAAAAACCGUCUUUACUAAGACUCAGACUAAAGCUUAUAGUACGCUUAUAAUAAGGCCAUAAAUGUUUUUAAAUUCAUCAAUAUAUUUAUAAUAAAAUUUCAUAUAGUUUGUAAGUCAAGUCUUUCCGCUGUGAAAUGUAUCAAAAUAAACAACCCAGUGCUAGGCAAGUCAUGUACUUAUUAUUUGGUGCCCUUAUUUGCAUGUAAUAUUAGCGCGUUAAUGAAAUUGUACAUACUAUAAUGAAUCCAUACGCUUUCUUAAUUAUAGGAGUGUUAAAAUGUGUUUGUCAAUUUUUUAACUUUUGAAGAUUUUUUAAGGAUAAAUUGUAAAAUAAGUUGUGUAAAUAACAUAAUAGCGAGUAGAUAAUGAGAUUAUAUAAAUUCGAUUGACUUUGGGUACACGCGGCUGUGAAUUGUAAGUGCGUGAUUUACGCCGUCUAACCCUCUGAUGUCAAUCUUCGAAUCUUUCUAUCGUAUGUGAAUAAUGCCUUAUUUUAAGAUUAUUUAAUGUUUUAUAUCGUGUAUUAAUAUGUUUUAAAUUGGGACAUUUCAUUUUAAUUUUCAAAACAGUUUGAGCAUAUUAUGUUCUACCUUGUGCCAUUUUCCUAUAAUCCGAUAAUUAAAAUAGAGCAACUGAACCAAGCAGCUUUUACUUAUUUGCGAAUAAUAAUUUAUUGAUAGGUUGUGAAAUUUAUUUACUAUAUGGAUUUAUGUUUCAGAUAACUUUAAUAUGCUCACCUCGGUAUGAUUGGGAAGCAUGAAUGAGUUACUUUAUGUUGUUCAUAUUUGUAUCAUGUAAAUUUGGUCUGACCCUAAUCCAAUUAAAUAUUGACUUUAUUUACUUGUAAAAAAAUACCGCAGUGUAACGUCAUAUAUUUGUUUUAUGCAUUAAAAAAAUAUAGGAUUGCAGCAUUAUCUGUAUGAGAUUACAUGAUUAUUUUAUUUAUCAAAACCAUGACAUUAUUUUUAAUCGCGACUCACGUUUGAGGAAUAAGUAUUAUUAUAUACACUUUUAUACAAUUUCUAACCAUCUACAUACUAUUAAUAUCGUUGUAAAUGUUUUACCUUUAACAUUGUAAUGGAUUGGCCUGGUUUUACAUAAAUUUUAGUUUAUAUAAUAAUUUUUAAAAGAAAUGGCCAUCAAGAAAAAAAUACUAGUAGUUAAAGUCGCCUAGUUUAGCUGCCGAAUUAAACUCAUGUAAAUAAUAUGAACUAUGAAGCCACUUGUACAGUUACAUUAUUUAGAUUUAUAUAUCUAGUGUAAUGUGGCCAUUAAUGUAAAAUUAUUUAAGUACGUGAGAGCAUCACAAUUAUUAUUUACGGGAGACUGCUGCUAUGUACAUAAAUUAUAUACUUAUGUUGAAAUAACUUUACAGUCGUCAUGUUGUGAUGAAAGAACACGUUGUAAUUCUGAAUAUUUUAUAAAGUCAAAAUAGAAUUAAGUCAGUGGUCUUAAACUUGUGCAUAGUUUAUUUUGUAUUAUGUGAAUAAUAACAAGCAAUAAUAAAAUUGUUAGUGAA